AUGGUUAGCAACCACUAUGGUGGAAGGAAUAAAAAGAGCAUACUAGUUUUUAUGGAUGGUCCAGUGGUUGAAGAGACUUUCCAGUCAUCAGAAGAUCAGACCCUCUUCUUCAUCAACAUAAUGGACAGCCAUAGAGGUUCGUCCCCGUCCCUCCAAAGAUGCAGCUAUGCCAGCUGGAGUGUGGACUCUGAAACCAUGGCUUUGACGACACCAGAAAUCUCUGGAGGACUGAUGAAAAGGACAUCAAUCGAUCAUCCCCCACCAAUGUCAGUCUCCAGGACCAGGACCAAACGACAGGGGGCUUUCAGAAACUACCGUCCCAAGUCUGACUCCAAUGUUUCCAAAACAAAGAUCAUCUUCAGCAAAAAACACACUGGUCCUCAUGACAAUGGCAAGGGAACUCAUGAUGGGGAGGAUGAGAGUGUUGAUCAAGAUGACUAUAAGGAGAUAAUCAGACCUACAGAUGCUCACCAGAGAAGCCAAGAAGACCCGUCUCUUCAGCCCCGAGAGGAUGAGGGCUUCCACCUGCCCAGGAGCAGUCCAGUCAUCUCCAGACGACGAAGGUCCCUGUCAUGGCAUGGGGCAGCCAGUGAGCCCUCUCUUUCAAGCUCUUGUUUUCCCUCCACUUCCUCUGGUGAGCCUACUCUGGGUCACGACGGAGGCCACACUGCACUACGCAUGGAGGAGAUAACUGGGACCUCGGAAACUUUGCCAAGCCCCGAUAACCAGUCCGUCCCGCUCCAGGAGAACAGGAAGCCACGCUGCGUCUCUGCCUCGUCCAAUCUGAGUAGUCUGCUGUUUGCCAGGCUCCACCUCCCCCUUAGGAUACAGCAGGUGUUGGGUGAGGAUUGCUGGAGACGGGAUUUGAGGCAGCGUUGCAGCUCUGAUGUCUAUACCAGACCAGUUACCACACACUAUGACAGUCAGGAUAAACGAUUCAGUGAUCUCCCACAACGCACGUCGGACAUCUUCAGGACCAGUUGUGAGCUUGAGAAAGAGAAUGCUCACUUCAUUGUCGUGGACAUGGUCCUGGAGGUCCUGGAGGGGGUGAAGUGGACCUUAACCUUCAGUCAAUGGACUUCCACAAACACAGAAACAUACCAACAUACAGACUGUAGUGAGGAACUUGCACUUACACAAAAACACACAAGGAAAUCUGAGACAGGCCCAUACCAACCCGCACAGAUGUCCGAGAGCUCUAAUGUGGGCACAUACGCACAGCAACACACACUAAGUGAAGAGGGCGGGCCGGGGAAUGCCAACAGAGCGUGUGCAGGCGAGGACACGCACAAGUCUGAAGAAGACUCGCACACGAACUCACACGUUUCCAAGGCAGACAUGCAUAUACACCCACACACACACAAAGAAGAGGAACCAGACAACCAUCAAUCUGCACACCAGCUGAAGACUCUCUCUGUCCUCUCCACUGACAGUGGCUUUGAAGAUUGUGGCAUAGACAAAAUACUAACAGAGCGAGGUUCUCUGAGAAAUGUGGAGUGGCUGGGCCAGCAGCUGGUGUUGGGUUUCAGGAGGAGCUGGCUCCCCUCCCGAGAGCUCCACCGUGACCGGCACAGCCUCCGCACAUCACUGCAGGAGCUGCCUGGUACAAGCUGGGGGGAGGUAAGCAGCAGUCUGACAGAGGAAAUCAGACUUAGGACCAGAAUGAGAGGAACUCUGAUUUGGGCCCCUCCCCGCUUCCAGAUCAUCUACACUGUUCACCCAACACACAGGCGCAGUGAGGUGUUGGCUUUACAGCACUUCUUAUGUGCAGGCUGUGGGACGGGGGUGGAGCCCAAGUACAUCAAGAAGCUGCGCUAUUGUGAGUACCUUGGCAGGUAUUUCUGCGACUGCUGCCAUGGCGGGUCAGAGGCUUUGAUCCCGGGCCGGGUUCUGCUCCACUGGGACUUUGGCAGGUACCCUGUGAGUGACUUCUCCAAGCAGCUGCUGGACUCGACGUGGCACCUGCCUCUGUUUGACCUGACCUGCGUUGGAAAGCAGCUCUACAGCAAAGUGAGAGAGCUGGACAAGUUCAGAGAGCUGCAAAAGAAGCUGCUGAGCGUUAAGAGACUGUUGACAACAUGCAGAUUAUCUGGCAGGGUAAUGAGUGAGUUUGAACAACUUCCUGGACAUCUGACCCAGCAGCCACACUUAUUCUCCAUGGAUGACCUCCUGCGGGUGAAGAAAGGUCAGCUGGUGCCACUAGCUAGGGCGGUGCUGAGCUCUGCUACUGACCACGUAGACGACUGUAAGCUAUGUCUGGGCAGAGGGUUUAUCUGUGAGUUCUGCAGGGAAAGAGACAUCCUCUUUCCCUUCCAAGGUGACACAUGCAAGCGCUGCCCAGUGUGCAAGGCCUGUUUUCACAAAGGCUGUUUCAUGGAAAAGAACUGCCCAAAAUGUGAACGGAUCCAUUUAAGAAGGAAAGUGCUGGAUGAAGUCCCCUCUCACCCUUGA